AGUUGACUGAUAUAGUGAGAGCAGCACGCUGGAGGAGUGAGUGGAUGACUUUCAUCUCAUCUUCUGGACGUCUUGCGGAGAAAGGAAUCACUUUGAAUGGCUGGAUUUUUGUGGAUAAUAAUGCAUAUAUGUGUUUUCUUUUUUUAACCAUGUCGUACUAACUUCAUAGGAGUCAUGCAUAACUAUUUUGGAGCUUGUUUCUCAGUAGUGUUCUUAAUUGUGACGUUUUGGACUGAGGUAUGCCAGUCGUCGGGUUAUUUUGAGUUUCAGUUGAUCAGUGUGGAGAAUAACAGGGGUGAGCUCGCUAAUGGAAACUGCUGUGACGGCGCACGGAGCGCACGAGACGGUCUGUGCGACCGGGACGAAUGUGACACGUACUUGAGAGUGUGCCUAAAGGAAUACCAGGUGGAGGUCACCACAUCUGGGUUUUGUUCUUACGGCACUGGAAGCUCGAGCGUGAUCGGAGGGAAUACGUUUCAGUUAAAAGGAUUCAGUGGAAACCCAAACAGGGCCAAUGACCUCGGGACCGUUAUCAUCCCCUUUCAGUUCGCCUGGCCGCGAGCGUACACUCUGAUCGUGGAGGCUUGGGACUGGGACAAUCAAACAAUCCCAGACAGCAGUGAUGAUCUCUUGAUCGAGAGAAGUGUUAAUCGUGGAGAAAUGAACCCUGGAGAGGAGCGACAGCUCAUUCAGCACAAGGGCCAAACAGCCAGCAUCCAAUACAGCAUGCGUGUGCGCUGCGACCACAAUUACUACGGCAACAAGUGCAACAAACAGUGUCGACCCCGAGACGAUUACUUUGGCCAUUACACGUGCGAUCAGUCUGGCAAUCAGCAGUGCAUGGAGGGCUGGACCGGGCAAGAUUGCAAGAAAGCUCUCUGUAAGCAAGGCUGCAGUGAACUUCACGGAAUCUGUGAAACUCCGGGAGAAUGUGUGUGUAAGUACGGCUGGCAGGGCCCAAUGUGCGAUGAGUGUUUGCCGCACCCGGGCUGUGUGCAUGGCACCUGUGUGAAACCCUGGACCUGCACCUGUGAGAAGAACUGGGGAGGACUUCUGUGUGACAAAGAUCUAAAUUACUGUGGCACACACAAGCCCUGUGUAAAUGGAGGCACGUGUCUGAAUACAGAACCAGAUGAAUAUUUCUGCUCCUGCCCAGAGGGUUACUCCGGGAAAAACUGUCAAAUCGCUGAGCAUGCGUGCAUGUCAAACCCAUGUGCAAAUGCUGGGACAUGUCAUGAGCUGGCAUCAGGGUUUGAGUGCCAGUGUCCCCCAGGAUGGGAUGGCCCAACUUGUGCUAAAGACAUAGAUGAGUGCAUGCCAAACCCGUGCGCUCAUGGGGGGACCUGCUUUGAUCUGGAGAAUGAUUUUGAAUGCAUAUGCCUGCCACAGUGGACUGGCAAGACCUGCCAGAUAGAUGUGAAUGAGUGUACAAGGAGACCUUGUCUAAACGCUUAUGCUUGUAAAAAUCUAAUUGGUGGAUAUCAUUGCAACUGCUACCCGGGCUGGGUGGGACCGAACUGUAUUAUCAAUGUCAACAGCUGUUAUGGUCAGUGUCAGAAUGGAGGAACCUGUCAGGAUGGUCGUCAUGGCUACAUGUGCCAGUGCCAGCCGGGCUUCAUGGGAAGACACUGCGAAGUGCAGCAAAGCAGGUGUGCCAGCUCCCCUUGCCAAAAUGGUGGACGCUGCCAUCCGUUGGCCACUGGUUAUGAGUGUGAGUGUCUAUACGGAUACACCGGAACCAACUGCAAGGUGAGGUCAAUAAUUACAUACAAAGCACACAAAGACCUUUCUUUUCCUCAAGUGCUCAUUUCCUCAUUUCUCUGUCUCUCACACUCUCUGAAGGUGCAAGUGGAUCUAUGCAGUCCAAACCCGUGUCAGAAUAAAGGCCAGUGUCACUCUAUGCAAGGAGAUUUUUACUGCGCCUGCGCAGAUGAAUAUGAGGGGAGGACAUGUAGUCAGCUGCGAGACCACUGCAAAAUCAGCACCUGCCAAGUGAUUGACAGUUGUACUAUUGCUGUGACAACUAAUGGCACAGCAAAAGCAGUUUGGCACAUCUUAUCAAAUGUGUGUGGUCCUCACGGGCGAUGCAUCAGUCAGUCAGGAGGAAACUUCACCUGUGCCUGCCAACCAGGGUUCACUGGGACAUACUGUCAUGAGAAUAUAAAUGACUGUGCAUCAUCUCCUUGUCAGAAUGGAGGAACAUGCAUUGAUGACAUUAACUCCUUUCACUGUGUCUGUCUUGAUGGCUUUGAUGGGCAACUCUGUGAGCUGGAGGUGAACGAGUGUAGCAGUGAGCCUUGUUUAAAUGGAGGUAUAUGCAUCGAUCUGCUGAAUGAUUUCUACUGUCGCUGCACUGACAACUGGAAAGGAAAGAUGUGUAACUCACGAGACAGUCAGUGUGAUUCCAGUACAUGCGCUAAUGGAGGAACAUGCUAUGAUCAUGGAGACUCAUUCAGAUGUGCGUGUUCCUCUGGUUGGGGUGGCAGUACCUGUAACACAGCCAUGAACAGCUCCUGUGAAUCUGGUCCAUGUCUAAAUGGCGGGACUUGUAUUGGAGGGGGCAGCGUCUUCACCUGCAUCUGUAAAGAUGGAUGGGAGGGGCCUACCUGUGCUCAAGAUGUCGAUGACUGCAACCCUCAUCCAUGUUAUAAUGGGGGUCAGUGUGUGGACGGGAUCAACUGGUUUCGCUGUGAGUGUGCACCUGGAUUUGCAGGACCUGACUGUCGCAUUAACAUAGAUGAGUGUCAGUCCUCUCCCUGUUCGUAUGGAGCCACAUGUGUGGAUGAGAUUAAUGGAUAUCACUGUCUUUGCCCCAUGGGACGAGCUGGACCACGCUGCCAGGAGUUUAUUGGCAUUGGAAAGGCAUGCGAUCGCUCUGGGUUGCAGGUUCAUCAUGGUAAUCGCUGGGAGGAUGAGUGCAACAGCUGUCAGUGCAUGAACGGAAACAUCAGAUGUACUAAAGUGCAUUGUGGUCGUCAGCCCUGCUUUUUGCAGUCCGACUCUGAUGAGCUACAGCGUCCCAUGUGUCCACUAGGACAGGAGUGUGUAGAGCAUCAUUUCCUGUCUUGCCUUCAUCCACCAUGCCAUCAUCUGGGUGUUUGCUCCACUCGUGAACAUCUACAGCCCUUCAGCACUCGGUGCCUUCCCAACAAUGGCUACCUAGAUAACAACUGUGCUCGUGUCACGCUUGUAUUUGACUCUGACAGUGUCCCGCAGGGCACUACUGCUGAAGGUGUCUGCACACAGCUAACAUAUCUGCCAAUCACACGAACCCUGGCCAAGGACCACACCCUUUACAUUCUUUGUGACCAAUCACCUUCCAGCCAAAAUGCAGUGGAGGUUGCUAUGUCAUAUGAGCAAAACACCGUUGUUGAGGGACGAGCUCAGAUACAGGAUGUAGUCCACUCCAUCAUUGAUGUUCUGUCCAAACCUCACAACAGCACAUUACUGUUUGCUGUGAGAGAGGUCAGAGUUGAAUCUCAGGACCCGCGUCCUCAAGUCGGUUACCUCAUCCCAUUGCUGUGUGUGCUGUUUGUGGUAUUAUGGCUCUCAUGUCUCAUCGUCUGCGUGUGGUGGUUCAGAAGACACAGGAAAGCUAGACAAAGAGAGGACACGCGGAUGGAGGAGAGCAUCAACAACCAGCGCGGGACACUACUGAGCACUCACACACCUUACAAAGACAACACAGACCCGCUGCAGGAGAACAAGAACCUCUUUUACCCUCUGGAACGGAUUGGAGACGGAGCUGAGCGAGAGGAAGAAGAGGAAGAGGGAGAUGAAGAGAGCGAAAGAGGGCUGGUUCUGCAUAAGUGCUCAUCUCUUGCAUACACUAAAGUAGACACAGUGUACACUACUCCCACUACAGCCCAAAAUCAGCCAAAGAGGACACACUACAGCAGCAAAGACAACCGCUGCAAGAACAAUGUGAACGAGCGAUUAAGCGAGCACACAAAAGAUCAUUACGUAUGAAAGUACCAGACAAACUGGAAAAAUAUAAGUAUUUUUUUGCUGUCUGAUCUGAAAGUUGCCGGGCUUUUCAUUCUGUUUUCAUUCUGUAGUCAAAUGAAACAGAGAUUUGUGUCACAAAAAUGGAGCAAAUGCGAAAUUCAAAGAAUGGUUUUCAAAAUCCUUUUUUUUUUUACGCUUGCACUCACUUUCCUUGAAAAGAAGGACAUUUUUACACAAAUCUGAACUUUAAGAUUAUGUUUGUGAACUGUGGCGAGACCUUUGACCCUUGGGGCUGAGGAGGAAUCAGCGAUAGGCAGCUUUAAGGUGUCUUUGAUUAUGUCCAGACAUGCCCAAAGUUAAGUGUUAGAAGCCGUUAAAUCUUUCAGAGGUAUAUAUACACAAGUGCCUCACUGAACCGUCAUGAUAGCGCUUACCUGGGUUUUUUUUUUUCAUAAUGUUGCACUUAAAUGAAUAGGUCACCCAAAGGAAGAUUCUGUUAUCAUUUAAUACUCACCCUCAUGUCAUUCCAAACCUGUAUGACUUUUUUUCUUCUGUGUAACACAAAAGUUACAUAAAAGUGUAGGAAGUCAGACAAAACUUUGGAGAUUUCAAGGUUCAUAAGGGAUGAAAAGUAUCAUAAGAGUAUCAUAAAAUUGCUAAGUUAUAUAACAAGUCAUCUGGAGCCA